AUGACGAAUACCCCGAUGAGGUUGGUGAGCCUUCAGCUGCGUGUACUGAUCCUUCUGCUUCCUCAAGAACACACGAACCACAUAUUGGGUGACUAUGGCGAGCAAGAUGCCGUUCUCCCGAAGAAGAGAUCACCUGUUUAUCCGAGGACAGUGCACGGUCAGGAGAGGCCGUAUAAGUAUUGCGGUAAUGGUGUGUUCCUGAGGCCAGCAACCUUGAGAAGCGGGCCUCGGCAGACGUGCAUCCUGUGCGCGUGGCGGGCGCUGUUCCGGAAGAUGUGUUCUUUGAACACAUCAGACGCAGUCCUGGUUCACGUUACUAACGUGGGAACUUGUACAAGUUCAAAUUUCGAUGACGAAUACCCUGAUGACGUUGGUGAGCCUUCAGCUGCGUGUACUGAUCCUUCAGCUUCCUCAAGAACACACGAACCACACAUUGGUGACCAUGUCGAGCAAGAUGCCGUUCUCCCGAAGAAAAGAUCACCAGUGCAUCCGAGGACGGUACAUGGUCAGGAGAGGCCAUAUAAGUAUGUAUGCAAGUGUGUGCCUUGCUGGUUGAAACGGACUGCCAAUGUAGUGCGGUCAUGGUGUGUUCCUGAGGCCAGCAACCUUAAGAAGCGGGCCUCGGCAGACGUGCAUAGGGUGCGCGUGGCGGGCGCUGUCCCGGAAGAUGUGUUCUUUGAACACAUCAGACGCAGUCCUGGUUCACAUUUCGAUGACGAAUACCCUGUUGACGUUGGUGAGCCUUCAGCUGCGUGUACUGAUCCUUCAGCUUCCUCAAGAACACACGAACCACACAUUGGUGACCAUGUCGAGCAAGAUGCCGUUCUCCCGAAGAAAAGAUCACCAGUGCAUCCGAGGACGGUACAUGGUCAGGAGAGGCCAUAUAAGUAUUGUGUGCCUUGCUGGUUGAAAGGGACUGCCAAUGUAGUGCGGUCAUGGUGUGUUCCUGAGGCCAGCAACCUUGAGAAGCGGGCCUCGGCAGACGUGCAUCCUGUGCGCGUGGCGGGCGCUGUCCCGGAAGAUGUGUUCUUUGAACACAUAUCAGGCGCAGUCCUGGUUCACAUUGCUAACGAGGGAACUUUUACAAGUUCAAAUAUGAGAAUGUGUUGCGAUGACGAAUACCCCGAUGACGUUGGUGAGCCUUCAGCUGCGUGUACUGAUCCUUCAGCUUCCUCAAGAACACACGAACCACACAUUGGUGACCAUGUCGAGCAAGAUGCCGUUCUUCCGAAGAAGAGAUCACCAGUUUAUCCGAGGACGGUGCACGGUCAGGAGAGGCCGUAUAAGUAUGUAUGGACUGCCAAUGUAGUGCGGUCAUGGUGUGUUCCUGAGGCCAGCAACCUUGAGAAGCGGGCCUCGGCAGACGUGCAUCCUGUGCGCGUGGCGGGCGCUGUCCCGGAAGAUGUGUUCUUUGAACACAUAUCAGGCGCAGUCCUGGUUCACAUUGCUAACGAGAGAACUUUUACAAGUUCAAAUUGCGAUGACGAAUACUCCGAUGAGGUUGGUGAGCCUUCAGCUGCGUGUACUGAUCCUUCUGCUUCCUCAAGAACACACGAACCACACAUUGGUGACCAUGUCGAGCAAGAUGCCGUUCUCCCGAAGAAGAGAUCACCAGUUUAUCCGAGGACGGUGCACGGUCAGGAGAGGCCGUAUAAGUAUGUAUGUUGCGAUGACGAAUACCCCGAUGACGUUGGUGAGCCUUCAGCUGCGUGUACUGAUCCUUCAGCUUCCUCAAGAACACACGAACCACACAUUGGUGACCAUGUCGAGCAAGAUGCCGUUCUCCCGAAGAAAAGAUCACCAGUGCAUCCGAGGACGGUACAUGGUCAGGAGAGGCCAUAUAAGUAUGUAUGCAAGUGUGUGCCUUGCUGGUUGAAACGGACUGCCAAUGUAGUGCGGUCAUGGUGUGUUCCUGAGACCAGCAACCUUAAGAAGCGGGCAUCGGCAGACGUGCAUAGGGUGCGCGUGGCGGGCGCUGUCCCGGAAGAUGUGUUCUUUGAACACAUAUCAGGCGCAGUCCUGGUUCACAUUGCUAACGAGGGAACUUUUCCAAGUUCAAGUUGCGAUGACGAAUACCCCGAUGACGUUGGUGAGCCUUCAGCUGCGUGUACUGAUCCUUCAGCUUCCUCAAGAACACACGAACCACACAUUGGUGACCAUGUCGAGCAAGAUGCCGUUCUCCCGAAGAAGAGAUCACCAGUUUAUCCGAGGACGGUGCACGGUCAGGAGAGGCCGUAUAAGAAUUGGGUGCCUUGCUGGUUGAAAGGGACUGCCAAUGUAGUGCGGUCAUGGUGUGUUCCUGAGGCCAGCAACCUUGAGAAGCGGGCCUCGGCAGACGUGCAUCCUGUGCGCGUGGCGGGCGCUGUCCCGGAAGAUGUGUUCUUCGAACACAUAUCAGGCGCAGUCCUGGUUCACAUUGCUAACGAGGGAACUUUUCCAAGUUCAAAUUGCGAUGACGAAUACCCUGAUGACGUAGGUGAGCCUUCAGCUGCGUGUACUGAUCUUUCUUCUUCCUCAAGAACACACGAACCACACAUUGGUGACCAUGUCGAGCAAGAUGCCGUUCUCCCGAAGAAAAGAUCACCAGUGCAUCCGAGGACGGUACAUGGUCAGGAGAGGCCAUAUAAGUAUGUAUGUUGCGAUGACGAAUACCCCGAUGACGUUGGUGAGCCUUCAGCUGCGUGUACUGAUCCUUCAGCUUCCUCAAGAACACACGAACCACACAUUGGUGACCAUGUCGAGCAAGAUGCCGUUCUCCCGAAGAAAAGAUCACCAGUGCAUUCGAGGACGGUACAUGGUCAGGAGAGGCCAUAUUGCGAUGACGAAUACCCUGAUGACGUAGGUGAGCCUUCAGCUGCGUGUACUGAUCUUUCUGCUUCCUCAAGAACACACGAACCACAUAUUGGUGACUAUGGCGAGCAAGAUGCCGUUCUCCUGAAGAAGAGAUCACCAGUGCAUCCGAGGACGGUGCACGGUCAGGAGAGGCCGUAUAAAAAUCAUAGUGGGUGGUUUCGAUCCUUACCCGCCUUCUAUAAAAGAAAGGCCUCAGUGUGCCACCGGCUCUGUUGCUGCUCGGACGAUGACAAGAAAGGUGGUUGGUGUCGAGGCCGCAUACUGCCAGUUCCUGAUUGCGAUGACGAAUACUCCGAUGAGGUUGGUGAGCCUUCAGCUGCGUGUACUGAUCCUUCUGCUUCCUCAAGAACACACGAACCACAUAUUGGUGACUAUGGCGAGCAAGAUGCCGUUCUCCCGAAGAAGAGAUCACCUGUUUAUCCGAGGACAGUGCACGGUCAGGAGAGGCCGUAUAAGUAUGUAUAUUUUGAUGACGAGUACCCUGAUGACGUUGGUGAGCCUUCAGCUGCGUGUACUGAUCCUUCAGCUUCCUCAAGAUCACACGAACCACACAUUGGUGACCACGUCGAGCAAGAUGCCGUUCUCCCGAAGAAAAGAUCACCAGUGCAUCCGAGGACGGUACAUGGUCAGGAGAGGCCAUAUAAGUAUGUAUGCAAGUGUGUGCCUUGCUGGUUGAAACGGACUGCCAAUGUAGUGCGGUCAUGGUGUGUUCCUGAGGCCAGCAACCUUAAGAAGCGGGCCUCGGCAGACGUGCAUAGGGUGCGCGUGGCGGGCGCUGUCCCGGAAGAUGUGAUCUUUGAACACAUAUCAGGCGCAGUCCUGGUUCACAUUGCUAACGAGGGAACUUUUACAAGUUCAAAUAUGAGAAUGUAUUGCGAUGACGAAUACCCCGAUGAGGUUGGUGAGCCUUCAGCUGCGUGUACUGAUCCUUCUGCUUCCUCAAGAACACACGAACUACAUAUUGGUGACUAUGGCGAGCAAGAUGCCGUUCUCCUGAAGAAGAGAUCACCAGUGCAUCCGAGGACGGUGCACGGUCAGGAGAGGCCGUAUAAAAAUCAUAGUGGGUGGUUUCGAUCCCCACCCGCCUUCUAUAAAAGAAAGGCCUCAGUGUGCCACCGGCUCUGUUGCUGCUCGGACGAUGACAAGAAAGGUGGUUGGUGUCGAGGCCGCAUACUGCCAGUUCCUGAUUGCGAUGACGAAUACCCUGAUGACGUUGGUGAGCCUUCAGCUGCGUGUACUGAUCCUUCAGCUUCCUCAAGAACACACGAACCACAUAUUGGUGACCAUGGCGAGCAAGAUGCCGUUCUCCCGAAGAAGAGAUCACCAGUGCAUCCGAGGACGGUGCACGGUCAGGAGAGGCCGUAUAAGUAUGUAUAUUGCGAUGACGAAUACCCCGAUGAGGUUGGUGAGCCUUCAGCUGCGUGUACUGAUCCUUCUGCUUCCUCAAGAACACACGAACUACAUAUUGGUGACUAUGGCGAGCAAGAUGCCGUUCUCCUGAAGAAGAGAUCACCAGUGCAUCCGAGGACGGUGCACGGUCAGGAUAGGCCGUAUAAAAAUCAUAGUGGGUGGUUUCGAUCCCCACCCGCCUUCUAUAAAAGAAAGGCCUCAGUGUGCCACGGGCUCUGUUGCUGCUCGGACGUUGAAGACAAGAAAGGUGGAUGCGCGCGUGAUAUGUUGGCUUGCGUGUGGUGUGAGGCAAGUGUCUGCCUUGCUGGUCGAAACGGACUGCCAAUGUGGUCCGGUCAUUCUGUGUUCCUGAGGCCAGUUCCUGAUUGCGAUGACGAAUACCCCGAUGAGGUUGGUGAGCCUUCAGCUGCGUGUACUGAUCCUUCUGCUUCCUCAAGAACACACGAACUACAUAUUGGUGACUAUGGCGAGCAAGAUGCCGUUCUCCUGAAGAAGAGAUCACCAGUGCAUCCGAGGACGGUGCACGGUCAGGAUAGGCCGUAUAAAAAUCAUAGUGGGUGGUUUCGAUCCCCACCCGCCUUCUAUAAAAGAAAGGCCUCAGUGUGCCACGGGCUCUGUUGCUGCUCGGACGUUGACAAGAAAGGUGGUUGGUGUCGACGCCGCAUACUGUGA